AUGUCAAGUGCAUCAGGAAACUACGAUACUCACUACGUUGCGGGUACAGACGAAAUUGAUGCCGAUGGAACAUUAGUUAUCAAUAAAUUAAAUAGAGAACAACUGAAAUACCCGGAUUUUCUUCCAACAUGGGAUCCAAAACAAAAGUAUCCUCCAUUGAAGUUUUUCAAACAUUUGGACCCAGGUGCCAGAGCUGACAAAUCGUUGUCAAAUUUAUUUCCAAAAGACGCACAACAUGUCCAAAAGAGAAUCACACCAAAGCUUGGUACUGAAGUUACUGGAGUACAAUUGUCGCAAUUGGAUGAUAAGGCUAAGGAUGAGUUAGCAUUAUUUGUUGCACAGAGGGGUGUGGUUGUGUUCAGAGAACAAGAUUUCGCAACCAAAGGUCCAAAAUUUGCGACUGACUACGGUAGACACUUUGGACGUUUACAUAUUCACCCAACAUCGGGUGCUCCAAGAGGUCAUCCAGAAUUACAUAUAACAUACCGUCGUGCCGAUAAAGGUGAAUUUGACCGUGUCUUUUCUCAAAGAUCAAACUCUACCUCUUGGCAUUCUGAUGUUUCGUACGAAUUGCAACCUCCAGGAACUACUUUCUUUGCUGUUCUUCAAGGCCCUGAUGCCGGUGGUGACACCAUAUUUGCUGAUGUUGUAGAGGCAUACAACCGUUUGUCGCCUGAAUUUAAAAAGAGACUUGAAGGAUUGCAUGUUUUGCAUACUUCAGAAGACCAGGCAUCUAACUCUCGUGAUCAGGGAGGGAUUGAAAGAAGAAAGCCUGUUUCUAGUAUUCACCCAUUGAUCAGACAACAUCCAGUUACUGGAGACAAAUUUAUCUACUUAAAUCGUCCAUUCUCUAGAAGAAUUGUUGAAUUAAAGCAGGAUGAAUCUGAUUAUUUGAUUAAUUUCUUAUUCCAACACAUAGAAUCUGCUCACGACUUACAGUUGAGAGCUAGAUGGGAACCUAAUACAGUUGUUGUAUGGGAUAACAGAAGGGUGGUUCAUUCUGCUAUCAUUGAUUGGGACACUCCAGCUUCAAGACAUGCAUUCAGAAUUACUCCACAAGCUGAAAGACCAGUGGAAAAUUUGAAAUAUUUGAAUAAAGAAGAAUAUGAUGUUGGUGAUGUAGGCGAAGCUUUAGAAAAGCUUUUAAAAUAG